GAGUGGUGGAAGGUCUCAGUCCCCGUUCAUGGUCAUGUAAACAUACGUGUAGUUAGUAAGCUAGCUGACUGAGUACAACCACAUAUUUACCUUUACAGGUUUUGGUUGAAGCUCAAACUAUUGCUUUGCUGAUUCGUUACGCUCCUUCGGCGGUGACAUUACAGUCAAGCGUGUUGACACCUUUGUUUUGGGCUGACAUGUCUGGCGGAGGAGUCAUUCGAGGACCAGCAGGGAGUAACGACUGUCGGAUAUACGUGGGAAAUCUCCCGCCUGACAUCCGCACCAAAGACGUUGAGGACGUGUUUUAUAAAUACGGAGUGAUUCGGGAUAUCGAUCUGAAAAACCGAAGAGGCGGACCACCGUUUGCCUUCGUGGAAUUCGAGGACCCGAGGGAUGCAGAAGAUGCUGUUCAUGGACGUGAUGGUUACGACUACGAUGGCUACCGUCUGCGUGUUGAGUUCCCUCGAAGCGGACGUGGAGGUGGUAGGGGAGGUGGUGGUGGAGCUUUAGGAGCCCCAAGAGGAAGGUAUGGUCCCCCUUCACGACGCUCCGAGUACAGGGUUAUUGUCUCAGGUCUUCCCCCCAGUGGAAGCUGGCAGGACCUGAAGGAUCACAUGCGGGAGGCAGGUGAUGUAUGUUAUGCUGAUGUGUACCAUGAUGGCACCGGAGUGGUGGAGUUUGUGCGCAAAGAAGACAUGACCUACGCUGUCCGCAAGCUGGAUAACACUAAGUUUCGCUCUCAUGAGGGAGAGACGGUCUACAUUCGUGUGAAGAUGGACGGCCCUCGCAGCCCCAGCUAUGGUCGUUCCCGCUCUCGUAGCCACAGUCGAAGCCGGAGCAACAGCGGGUCACGCAGCUGCUCCCCACAUCGCAGCAGAGGUUCUCCACGCUACUCUCCGCAGCGUUCCCGCUCACGCUCUCGCACUUAGACACACCUGACCUCGAUUAAACCACCAGCCUACUCGUCUCAACAAUGGAUCUCGGACUGGGGAAGACAAACUUCGCAGCAAAAAUCCUGUAAAAUCUCCAUGGACCAUUUGCUCUGUUGAUUGUUUGCUGUUUCUCUUGUUGUGUUUUCCUGUUUCCCCAGUUUUCUGUUUUGAUUUUACUUUACAUUUCGACAGACUCUUGUUUGACCAGACAAGGCUGGUUGAAACACGGUGGUCUGUGGAUGUUGCCCUCUCUCUUAUAUUUCUAUUCUCCCUUCCCUUUUCUUCAGUGUUCCCUUUUCACCCCAAAAUGAUCGAUAUCCCUUUUCUGCUAACCUUGUUUCCUUCUAUUGCGUACUUUUCCUCUUCUGAUUCCAGGCUGUAUUUAAGGAAAUGGUACCUUUUUUGGAGGAAUUCAUUUUUGUGUCUUUCUGCUGUAGUUAUUUUGGGGGUGUUAUAAUUAUACAUUUUUUUCUCAGUCCUGCAUUUACUAUUGUACUUUGACCUUCUCGUGUGUCUCUCUGUAGAGUUCAGAGGAGCAGGAUAGGAUGGAAACAGAGGAAAAGGAAACACAGUUCAUAUUAGGAUAAAGAGGAGGAGGAGGAGUCAAAUAUGGCACCAAUGGUAUGAUGGCUGAGGCCUCUCACAACUCUGAAGUUUGCAUAAAAUAAGGCUUUUGUCUUCUUUUUCUUUGCACUCUGAAUAUACGCUUGAAAAUAGCUGAGUAGUGUUACCCAAUGUUUGUGGUUGUAUUACAGGUAUUGUUUUAUUUUGCUGUAGUUGCUGUACUUGUGCAUGCUCCCAUUAUAUUGUAAGUACCAGCAAGGUUACUUGCCUUCUGUCUGUAGCCCUCAAAGCGCAGUGGUUCUUUUUCUAAAGAUAAUAAAAUGCUCUGUUGGGUCGGGCCAGUAACAGUUAACUGUAUAUAGUCUUCAUCCUCUACACUAUCUUAUGUUUGGAGAUGAUUGGUGUUUCUGCUUUUGCUCAUCUCUUGGUAAACAAAGUAAUCGUUAGUUUUAUGGGAUUGAUUCAAAUUUUAUUCAUUAAGUAUUUUUUGAAGGUGUGAUUCUAACUUGCCUCCUUCUCUUUGGUUCUGCUGGUAUUCUGAAGGUUUGGACUGGGCUCAUUGUCUCCUCAUUCCGGAGCUGGAUCAGGAUUCAGGAUCAGAUCAGGAUUAGGAUUAGGCUUCGGGAUGGAUACAUGGAGCAGGAGCAUUUUACUGGGAGAGGAUCCCGACCCCCCGGCCCUGUCCACAUAACCCCGUCAAACCGGAAACAUUGUAGUGAAAUUUUGAAACUAAAUUGGCCAAGUCAAAACAAAGUGUUUCUUUUUGUGUGGGACCUCAUAGACACAAUCACUGAUGGCAUCCUGCUGAGUGAUUGCUUUUCAGAUUUUCUUUCUUAAGAAGAGCAAAGCUCGGAUCAAAACCAGGAGGAGGGCUGGGAGGUGCAGGAUGGAUCCACGCACGUAAGGAGAGUGGAAAAUAGUGGGAAACCUUUAACAGCGGAGGGGGGAGGAAAGAGGGGCAGUAAUCUUAACAUGUUUUUUUUCUUAGAUGACUCUUUAGCUGCAGAAGUUUUGACUUUGCUAAAUUUAAUCUCCAGUAUCUUGAAGCUUUGUUCUCUUCAAUAAAAGUUCAAUCUACUCUAUACUUUCA